UGAAAUAAUCCAGACACAGAAGGACAAAUACCAUAUGAUUCCACUUGUAUGAGGUUCCUAGAAUGGGCAAACUCAUAGAGACAGAAAUCAGGGUAGAAGUGACUGGAGUUUGGGAGGAUGACAUAUGGGGAGUUAUUGUUUAGUGGGUACAGAGUUUUUGUUGGGAUGAUUUUAAAAAGUUUGGUUAUGGAUAGAGGUGAUGUUUACCCAACAUGGUGGAUGUAUUUAAUGCCCCUGAAUCAUAUACUUACAUGAGGCUAAACUUAGAAAUAUUAUGCAUGUAUAUUUUACCACAAUUAAAAAAAAAUAUUUCUGUGGUGAACUACUUUUGGGUGAUUACAACAAGAAGUCUGAUUUAAAAGCAAGUUGAUGAGUUUAGGCAGGAGGUGAAGACCGUUGGGGUUGAGGAGAUCAAGGAAGGGAGAGGCCAAGGAUUGAAUGGGUCACCCGGCAGGAGCUCUGCGUCCUGCCUUCAUUCUCUCCUCAGGGGGGCAGCACCGCGCCAUCCGCAGGCCCAGCUUGUUGACUACAUGGAGGGUACAAAUCAGACUGGGAUGAUUCACUUCUACUUCCGCCCCUUCUCCAAACUCCCCGAGGUGCAGAUGCUGAUUUUCGUGGCCUUCCUCGUCAUGUACCUGGUCAGCAUCGGCGGCAACGGCUCCAUUUCUCUCAUCAUCUGGAGCAACCAUUCUUUGCACACCCCCAUGUACUUCUUCCUGGCCAGCUUGGCAGCUCUGGAGAUCUGCUACUCUUCCACCAUUGCCCCUCUGACUCUGGCCAGCGUCCUGUCCGCAGAGAGAGCCCUCAUCUCCCUGCCUGGCUGUGGUGCCCAGAUGUUCUUCUUCAUCUUCCUGGGCAGCGCUGACUGCAUUCUACUAGCUGUCAUGGCCUAUGACAGGUUUGUGGCCAUCUGCCACCCUUUGCGUUACACCCUCAUGAUGAGCUGGCGGUUGUGCGUCCAGCUGGCCCUGGGGUCUCUGGCGCUGGGGUUCAUCUUGGCCAUGCAGCUGACUGUGCUCAUCUUCCGCCUCCCCUUCUGCCGCAGCCAAGAAAUCAGCCUGUUCUACUGCGAUGUCCUCCCUGUCAUGAGACUGGCCUGUGCAGAUACGUGGGUCCAUGAGGCCACCCUGUUGGUGGUCAGCCUCACCGUCCUCACCAUCCCCUUCCUGCUUAUCGCCCUCUCCUACGUUUUCAUCAUGGCCGCCAUCCUGAAGAUCCGCUCGGCAGAGGGGAGGCACAAGGCCUUCUCCACCUGCUCCUCCCACCUGACUGUGGUCCUGCUCCAGUACGGAUGUGGAAGCCUCAUCUACUUGUGCCCCAGCUCCAGGUACUCUCCAGAGAGAGGCCAGGUAGUGUCUGUGGUUUACACCUUCAUCACCCCUGUGCUGAACCCCUUGAUCUACAGCAUGAGAAACAGAGAGCUUACGGAUGCUUUGAAGAGAACAAUGACGAGGUUCCUGUUGUCCUGAACACGGUGAACGCUCUGGAUGUUCCUCUACAACACUGCUGGGAAGACGCAAAUGAGUAUGCCUUCUGAAAGACAAGGAGAUGGGGGCUAAGAGGUCACCGGUUUUAUGCUGUUCCUUCUUCCCGGUUAUAU